AUGGAUAUCUUUCGAAUUCUAAGUAGAGGUGCAUCAGUUAACAAGAAAGAAAGAUUUAGUGUCGGUGGUUGUGUAUCAGACAAGUCUCAUGGGCAAACCAAGAAACAGGAAUCGUUAAUUCAAGAAGUUGAAAAGGAAACUGAUUUCUUCCAUACAAGGAACCAUUCCAAAGUGGCAACAAAGUUGGAUGAUAUCAAAAACGACGUAGCUAAAAAUGACAAGGAAAAUGUUGAAAAAAUUGAAGAAGAAGAAGGAGAAGAAGAAGAAGCUCCCGAAUGGGUUUUGGAACUAAAGGAUGAGGAGGAUGCACGCAAGUUUAGGAAUUUGCACAAAUCAAAAGUUACUGGGGACGAGAUCCCAAUUCCCAUUGCAUCCUUCCAGGAUAUGGUAAAGAGAUUCCAUAUUGAUAAACGAGUAUUAUCGAAUCUACUUGAUGCAGACUUUAUUGAGCCCACACCCAUUCAAUGUGAAUCAGUGCCGAUUACUUUAGCUAAUAGAGACCUUAUAGCAUGUGCGCCUACCGGUUCAGGUAAAACUUUAGCCUUUUUGAUCCCCUUGGUCCAACACUUGGUUCAAAAGCAAGUUUCAAAAGACUACGGUGUGCGUGGAUUGAUUAUUUCUCCCACUAAUGAGUUGGCGGUACAAAUUUUUCUACAAUUGGAAAUCUUGUCCAAGGGCAAGAAAUUGAAUAUUGCCAUACUAUCUAAACAGCUAGCAGGUAAAAUAAACAACGACAUUAUUAAAGCGUCAAAAUACGAUAUAAUAGUAUCGACGCCGCUUCGUUUGAUUGAUCUUGUUAAGGCAAACAAAAUCAAUCUUUCAAGAGUUGAGCAAUUGGUGAUUGAUGAAGCAGAUAAGCUAUUUGACCAAGGAUUUGCCGAACAAACGGAUGAGAUUUUGGCCCACUGCACAAACACCCGGAUACGGAAAUCUAUGUUUUCGGCAACGAUACCUUCUAGUGUUGAGGAAAUGGCACAUUCAAUAAUGAAAGAUCCCAUCAGAGUUAUUAUCGGCCACAAGGAAGCAGCAAGUAAUACCAUCGACCAGAAACUAGUGUUUACCGGUAAUGAAGAGGGUAAGCUUUUGGCUAUACGACAGAUGAUACAAAAUGGCCAAUUCAAACCACCAGUGAUUAUUUUCUUACAAUCAAUCACCAGAGCUAAAGCUUUGUUCCAUGAGUUGGUAUACGAUAAGCUCAAUGUAGAUGUAAUACACGCUGAGAGAACUCCAAAGCAAAGAGAAGAGGUUAUAAAGCGAUUCAAAAAUGGAGAUAUAUGGGUGCUCAUAACCACUGAUGUCUUGGCCAGAGGUGUUGAUUUCAGAGGCGUUAAUAUGGUUAUAAACUAUGACGUUCCUCAGAGUGCUCAAGCUUAUGUGCAUAGAAUUGGAAGAACCGGAAGAGCAGGCAGAAAAGGUGAAGCUGUUACAUUUUUCACCAAAGAAGAUGACAAGGCAGUGAAACCAAUUGUUAACGUUAUGAAACAAUCAGGAUGUGAAAAGGGCCUCAGCAAAUGGAUGGACGAUUUGGGAAAAUUGUCAAAGAAGGAAAAAAAGGCAAUAAAGACGCAUGAAAUUGAGAGAAAGAGAAUCAGUACAGUUCCAAAAGUGAUAAAGCAAAAGAGGAAACAAAAAAGAGAAAUGAUCGAAGCCUCAAAGAGGAGGAAAGUAGAAUAA